GGCAUAGCAACACUUUUGCGCAUGCGCAUUUACAAGUGGAUCACGUGACUCCCCGCGAGCAAGAUGGCGGCGCCCAGGGAUCGGCGUGCUCGCUGAGCGGGGCUGCGAGCAGCGCUCCCGCGCCCCACACCCUCCGCCGGCAUGUCGCGGCUUAUCGUCAAAAACCUGCCGAAUGGGAUGAAGGAAGAUCGCUUCCGGAAGCUGUUUGCUGCCUUUGGUACGCUGACCGACUGCUGCCUGAAGUUCACGAAGGACGGCAAGUUCCGCAAGUUUGGCUUCGUUGGCUUUAAGUCUGAGGAUGAAGCCAAAACCGCGCUGAACCAUUUCAACAAGAGUUUCAUAGACACGUCCAGGAUCACAGUAGAGGUCUGUAAAUCUUUUGGAGACCCAUCAAAACCCAAACCUUGGAGCAAACACUCACAAAAGCCAGCCAACAAACCUGCUGCAAAUCCAGAUCUCACAAAUACAAAGAAGGACAAAAAGGUGAAAAAUGUGACCGGAAACUUAAAAGAGCUGGAAGGAAAUGAAGAGUUCAAAGAGUUUUUGAUGGUUCACCAGAAACGGUCACAAGUAGCCACUUGGGCCAAUGACACAUUGGCAGAGGAACCCAAGGCAAGAAAAUUGAAGCCAGUAACUGAUUAUCUGAACUUCGACUCAUCCGAGUCAAGUGACCUGAGUGAAGAGAGUGGGGAUGAAUUUCAAGAGGAAGAAGAUAAAGGCAACAAAACUAAGGGAAACCCCACAGAAAAGGUGGCUGUCACGAAAGGGCUUUCUGAUAUGGAUUACUUGAAAUCGAAGGUGGUGAAGGAUACUUCCUUGGAUGAAGAGAGUGAGGAGGAAGAGGAGGACAGUGAACAGCAUGAGGAAAGUAGUGAGGAAGAGGAGAAGCCUAGCAACAUGGAAGCUAUAGACGUCCAGAUGAAAAAGGGAGCUAUGCUGGAAGAAGAGAUCAAAGAGCGAGGGAAAUCAAAGGAAGAGGAGAAAAAGAAAGGCACUAAAUCAGAGCUGAAGAAUUGGGCUGAUUCGACUGAAGCGACCAUGCUAUACACUGUGAAGCUGCGUGGUGCCCCUUUCAACGUCACCGAGCAAAAUGUUAGAGAAUUUUUGCUGCCACUUAAACCUGUGGCAAUACGGAUAGCAAGAAACAAGCAUGGAAAUAAGACAGGUUAUGUCUUUGUUGACUUCACCAGUGAGGAAGAAGUACAGAAGGCCUUGAAACAGAACAAAGAAUACAUGGGUGGGCGCUAUAUUGAGGUGUCCAGGGAGGAGCGGGUACCAAAGAUGAAAUUUGCACAGAAGGAACAGCAACCCUGGCAGAGAAGAAAGAAGGAUGAUGAGGAAGAAGAGGACCUGUCUGAGUCUGGGCGGCUUUUUGUGAGGAACCUUCCCUACUCUGCAACUGAGGAGGACUUGGAGAAACUAUUUUCCAAAUAUGGUCCUCUGUCAGAGAUUCACUUCCCUAUAGACAGCCUGACCAAGAAACCCAAGGGAUUUGCCUUCAUCACAUACAUGAUCCCUGAGCAUGCAGUGAAGGCCUUUGCAGAAGUGGAUGGGCGGGUGUUCCAGGGCAGAAUGCUGCAUGUGUUACCAUCUACCCUAAAGAAAGAAGCGGAGAACACAAAUGCUGCAGGAUCCUCUUCAUACAAGAAGCAGAAAGACUCCAAGGACAAAGCAAACAGUGGCAGCUCUCAUAACUGGAACACGCUGUUCGUGGGGACAAACGCUGUGGCAGAUGCAAUUGCGCAAAAGUACCAUACCACCAAGAGCCAAGUGCUUGAUCACGAAGGCAGAGGUAGUGUGGCUGUGAGGGUUGCCCUGGGGGAAACGCAGCUGGUUCAGGAAGUCCGCCAGUUCCUGAUCGAUAAUGGAGUCAGCCUGGAUUCCUUCAGUCAGGCAUCUGGGGAGCGGAGUAAAACCGUGAUCCUAGCAAAGAACCUUCCUGCUGGUACUUGUGUGACCGAGCUGGAGGAGGUGUUUGGUCGACAUGGCAGCCUUGGACGGGUGCUGCUCCCGGAAGGGGGAAUCACAGCCAUUGUGGAAUUCCUGGAGCCCACAGAGGCCAAGCGAGCUUUCACCAAGCUGGCCUAUUCCAAGUUCCAGCAUGUCCCUCUGUAUCUGGAGUGGGCCCCUAUGGACAUCUUUUCCUGCCCACCCCCUGAGAAGAAACAGCCUGAGACACCAGAAGAGGCAGAAAGAGCAAGGCUAGGAGCUGGAGCUGAGGGAAUGAAAGAGGACUUGGAAGAACUAACAGUAGAAGAGGAAGAUGAGGAAGAAGAAAGUGUUGCAGGAUGUACCCUGUUCAUCAAAAACCUCAGUUUUGCCACCACUGAGGAAACACUGAGGGAGACAUUUUCCAAAGUGGGAGCUGUGAAGAGCUGCACGAUCUCAAAGAAGACAGACAAAGCAGGCACUUUACUUUCCAUGGGCUUUGGAUUUGUGGAGUACAAGAAACCAGAAAAUGCUCAGAAAGCACUCAAGCAGCUCCAGGGUUGCAUGGUGGACGGCCAUCAGCUGGAAGUGAAAAUCUCUGAGAGGGCCAUCAAGUCUACUGUGACUUCGUCCCGUAAAAAACAAAUACUCAAGAAGCAAAAGAGCUCCAAGAUCUUAGUCCGAAAUAUCCCAUUCCAGGCUACAGUGAGGGAAGUCAGAGAGCUUUUCAGCACCUUUGGGGAGCUGAAGACUGUCCGACUGCCAAAGAAAAUGGCUGGAACGGGAUCACAUCGUGGGUUUGGAUUUGUAGAUUUCCUCACCAAACAGGAUGCCAAGAAAGCCUUCAAUGCCCUGUGCCACAGCACCCACUUGUAUGGCAGGAGGCUGGUCCUGGAAUGGGCUGACACGGAGGAAACAGUGGAGGCCCUGAGACGGAAAACUGCUGAACAUUUUCACGGUUCCUCAAAGAAGAAAAAGCAAUCCGUGAUUUUGGAUGAAAUCUUGCAGCAGAUAGAAGAGGAAUAUGAUGACGAUGGAGACCAUUAGCAGGCUCUUCUGCUGCUACACAGUGCCCCAAAGGGCUGCUGUAUGUGACGGAAGCAUGCACAGCAUUGGGGCUCUUGUGAUAAAAGAGAAGGUGGCUACGUGACUGCAGGAAUAAUCCAAGCUGGGUUAAAUAACCGCCUGCCUCACACAGUGCAUCUGGAAUAAGUACAGGGCCUUGAAAUACUGCAUGUCCCUUUGGAACAGCUUUAAUUUAAGGAUGCCUCCAGAUACAGCUGUUGUUAACACCUUCCUCUUGAGAAGGCAGCAAGAGACAAGGCAUAGAGGAGGGGAAGAAGCAACACAAGGGGAAAGGACAGCUGGCAUUGACUAGAGCCAAGAGCAGUAUAGCCAGCCUCUGAGCAAGUAUCUACAUUUGGCACUCCCCGAGCAGCUCUCUCCCUGAUCAGCAGCAGUCUGCCACUCUGGUCCUUUGCCGCUGGCCAGAGCAGUGUCUGCCAUUAUACCUUUUUCAGGUAGCCUGCAACCCUCUGCUCUUUCAGCUGCACUGAACUACACUGGUGAUCUUGUAAUGUGGCCAGACAUUUACUUCUAGUUUGAGACUAGCAAACUGUUGCUUUUACCUGACAUGUAAGCCGAAGAUGUAGGCGCAGGUGUGCACCAGAGAAAGAUGAGUACACUCGCAUAGAUUGCAGUUUAGUGUAGAGAUCUUUGAGCUACCUUGAGGCUUGAAAGGGCGUCUAAGCUCUGGGCUGCUUCUGGUGCCUGAGCUAGCUUGGGUAUUUAUAUGCUACAUGCAGUGUAGACACGCACAACCAUGCUCAGCCCAUGAGCAUAACUUCUUAUAUUCAAAGCAGUGUGUAGACAUAAUGCAUCCUUUAAAGGCUGAUGGGUACUGGUCUCAGUUUACAGGUGGGUAAACUGAGGCACAGGGCUGUUAAAACAGCCGUGUCCGAGAUGAGACCAUGUGCUAGUAGCAGAGAUGGAAUUAAAUUAUGUUUAAACUCUCAUGGACACUUGGUUCCCCGGGGACGAGUAGCAGUGACGCACCUUGUGCCACUGCUUUUUGUCCCUGGGUAAUACCUCUGCCGCGUGCUCUUGGGCAUACGGCAGGUACCCCAGGUAGGUUAGGGGAGGCUGGGGCCAUCAUUGGGCUGGCCGCAGCAGCCUUACCUGGGGUCCUGAGGGCCUCCCGGGGCUGCAGCAAUGGUGAUUCUGCCACACAGAGCCUUGCCAGCAGCUGGAGUGUGGCUCCAGGUGGCCUGGCUCUGCUUCUGAGUGGCAUACGCUUCCUGUGUGUGUGCUGCUCUGGGAUUGUUUUUUCCAAAAAUUUUUUUGACCCCCUGAAUAUCCAGGGGGUCAUAAAAACCCACAGAAAAAAAUGGAGCAGUGCAUGCACAGGCAGUGUGCCCUUGCAGUGCAGAGAACACUUGAAUGUGUGGUAUGUGGCACUGCAAACAUGUUUGCGGCACCACAUACUGCACGGCCACAUUCAUCUGGACACAGCCCCUGUGUCAAGAUUUACCUUUUUGCUCUGUUUACAAAGUACCUGUGGCAUUACCAUAUUUCAAAUGAUAAAUAGCAUGGCUUUCCUUUUUCCUGUUCUGUGCAAUAGUUGAUGCUGCUUUUACCUACUAUGCCAUUGGGCAGGGAAAAAACAAAUGGAAAGACCAGUCUCAACAUAGCUGUGAGGUCAUCAAGAGUAUUAUGAUUUCACAGCAUGAAAUUGAGAAGACAGGCUAGGGAGAGAUGCAUCUUUUGAUGGGAAGGUUUCCAAUUGGCUUGUGCUAAUGGAAUUUGCAUAUUUGGAACUGAGAACUGCAAGGGCGGGGAGGGAGUGGAAAUUAUGUAAAAGAGAAGUUAAGUUUCUGGAUAAAAUCUCUAAGGUUCCUUUGAAAUGAUUUUCCAAAAGUUGUUUAUAAAAUGGUUGAAGAUUGGACCAAAAGGCAGAUUCACUUCCUAGAGGUAAAGACAACAAGUAGCUGAUAUCCAUUUUACUGUUGACAGCCGGCAGUAGGGUCUGGGAUGGGAGGGGAUCCGACUCUAGUCCCUUUAAGGCACAUGUGUCACACAGAAGACAAUUUAAGCGAGGCUUUGCGGGGCUGUGGGUUUGAAUUUUUUUUGCAUUGUCUUUUGUGGUGGGGCAGAUUUCUUGCUGAGCUUCUCUGUGCUCUGCAGCAGCAACGAAAAGGAUUAGCACAAGCAGAGCAUGUAGGCUUUAGAGAACAGAGCAGAGUUUGGUUUCAACAUCUAAUUCAAUUUGUUCUGCCGAGAUUGAAAUAUGAAAUGGUUGCCAGUCAAACGUUCAAAGGGGAGGGGGAAGGGAGAAGGGAGCCUUCUCAAAUUUAAAUUUUAAUGAAAAUUAAUUUAACCCUUUGAUAUGUUUUAAAACAUGUUAUUCCCUGUCUGGGAGCAGGCUGGAAAACAUUUGUGUGGGUUUUUCCUCUUCUAACAUAAUGAAGAUUUUCUUUUCCCUUAAUGAUAUUUAUCUUGUUCAGCAGUUUGAUAUUGGCUAAUUUUUCAGACAAUUUAGUUUCAAAGAAAUCUAUUUGAUGUUGCUUAGGCCUUUUGCAUGUUUGUAUGUAUGUAUAUAUAAUUAUGAAGGUGCUGAUCACAGCUCCAUAGUAUAAUUUAAGUUAAUUUCUACUCUUAAAGCAAGAACUCAUAGCUAGUUUUUUUAUGUAUGAAGAACUCUGUACCCAGCCUCAAAUCAACACUUACUUCAAAUUAGUUUUCUGAGAAUGGACAAGUAUAUUCGUUGAUUUA